CUGCUGCACUGCGCCGCCCGCCACGGGCAUCGGGACAUCCUGGCCUAUCUGGCCGAGGCCUGGGACAUGGACAUCGAGGCUGCCAACCGAGACUACAAGCGGCCCCUACACGAAGCUGCCUCCAUGGGUCACCGGGACUGUGUGCGGUACCUGCUGGGCCGAGGAGCUGUGGUCGACUGCCUGAAGAAGGCUGACUGGACUCCUCUGAUGAUGGCUUGCACAAGGAAGAAUCUCGAGGUGAUCCAGGACCUUGUAGAACAUGGUGCAGAUCCGCUUCUGAAGAACAAAGAUGGCUGGAACAGUUUCCAUAUUGCCAGCCGAGAAGGGGACCCUCCAAUCCUCCAGUACUUGCUCACCGUUUGCCCAGAUGCCUGGAAGACAGAGAGCAAAAUUAGCAGAACUCCUCUGCACACGGCAGGCAAAAACUGCCUGGCUCAACUCAAAAGGGAGGAGAUAGCAAUGCAUGGCUGUUUAGAGGCAGUAAAGGUGCUUCUUCAGAGGUGUCAAUAUCAACCAGACUGCAGAGACAAAUGUGGCCUCACACCCUUUAUGGAUGCAAUUCAAUGUGGGCACAUCAACAUAGCCAGGCUGCUCCUCGAAAAACAUAAGGCUUGCAUUUGUGCUGAGGAUUCCCUGGGAGCCCAGGCUAUACACAGGGCAGCAGUCACUGGGCAGAAUGAAGCCAUCCGAUUCUUGGUAUCUGAACUUGGCAUUGAUGCAGACGUGAAAGCAACAUCAACCCACCUUACAGCACUUCAUUAUGCAGCUAAGGAAGGACAUGUGAGUACAGUUCAGAUGCUCAUUUCCUUGGGUGCUGACAUCAACUCUAAAGAUGAAAGAAAUCGAUCAGCCCUACACCUGGCCUGCGCGGGUCAGCACCUGGCCUGCAUCGAGUUUCUUCUACGGUCUGGGCUGAGGGACUCCCCAGACAUCACGGGCACCCUGGCUCAACAGCUGACACGGAACACAGACAUCCUUCAGUGCUUCGGCCACAGCAUGACGGCAUGAGGGUGUUUCUAAAAGACAGUAAAACUCAUGGUAACUUAAAUCCUGCUGCUUAAGUCAUUACCAGGUUCAGUGAAAUCUGCGGAUAGUUGCUGUCCUCUUCCCUCCCUCCCCUGCACUCCACCGCAGCUGAGAGUCCCAGAGGAUGUGGACGCUGGCUUCCAAAUGGAGGGAUGGACACACUAAAAAUCUCUUCUUACCUGCAUUUCAUUUUGUGGCCUUAAAAUGGAUUUAGAUGAUGUUUGUGAGGUCAGCGUCUGGACUCCUUAGAAAGCAUUUAACAUGCAGGAAUAUAAUAUAGUAUACAUGCUUUUAUAUAUAUAUUUGUACAUAUAUAUGAAAUGUUUUAUAGUAAACAUAUUAUAAGGCAGUAAUAAUAUUAAAAAUAUAGCAUAUUACUGUUCACUUGAGCUAUAAAUAAUUGUCCUGUUUACUUUCUUUCAUGGGCAUUUUCUUAGUUGUUACAUGGUUUAAUUUGGUUUUGUAGCCAGAGAGAAUUGCUUAUAAUCUAUUUUAUUUACAUAGACAUUUUCAAGGAAUUUAUGAAAAUGUUUUCUAUAUUCUAAGCACUGCUAGUUAAGCUAUGUUAUGGUCUUGAGGUUAUUUUUUUUUUUUUUAUUAGAGAGUUCUGUAUUGACUCUCUUUAGGUAAUCAGUACACCUAAAAAAUGAACCUAGGAUAAUUUCAAAACUUUUCUACUACCUCAGUUGAGGAGAGGGGUUUGUUGUUAAAGCCUGCAGGUCACAUUUCCUGUUGCAUGCCAUCUGCCAUCACGACCUGUGAUUGUGAAGGAAUGAAUACUUGUUGUACCUUUUAAGAAAUUUGUAGCAAUUUAAACAUAUUGAAGAUAGGAUGAGUGCUCAGGCAUUUGGAUUCUCUUCCUUUUAUUUAUUUUUUGUAUCAUUUUCUCUGAAUUGAAGAGGAUAGUAAUUAGUCUAAGUCAGUCUGUUGAAAGAUCAAAUGCAUCCAUCACAAGCAAGACCUGAUCUCCUUGUUUAGUGUAGUCCCAUGAAAGCUUGUCACACAUCUAGCUAUUCUCAGCAGUGUAUGGGGCUGGGUGAACAGUCAGAAAUUCCAAUUCUUCUUUAUUAUUCCCAGAUGGAACUGACUGAGUCCUCUACCCAACAAUCAGAUAAACAUACUUGAUUAUAUAAUCUUCUCUUGUGACCUCUAUAUUACAUACUGCAUCUGCACUGAUUCAAGCUGCAGUUACAUUUCCUGUGGCUUCAGAGACGUCUGUGUGUCUGCCCUUUGGGUCUGAAGAUGGCCUGUUAAUGUGCAGGCGGGAUGGGAGAUCAGUCUGGUGCUGGCCAUCUCAUCUCUUCAGCACACAUGUGAAGCAGCUUCUUUUAAAAAAAAAUUUUUUUAUUUUAUUGAUUUUUUACAGAGAGGAAGGGAGAGGGA